AUGUUUUUUAUUGGUCUAAUUAAUAGUUUGUUUUCGUUUAUAACAUUUCAAAACAAAGAAUUACGAAAAGUUGGUUGUGGAAUACAUCUACUUAUGUCAUCAAUCACUUCACUCAUCACGAUUUCAAUUGUUACAGUGAAGUUUUUCUUUGUUCUUUUCACUCAUAUCGAUAUAAAAUAUGUACAUCCAUCAAUCAUUUCUGGUGGUUGUAUUUCUAUUGAACCUCUUGUGAAAUUAUUUGUUUUUCUGGAUGGUUGGUUAAAUGCCUGUGUCGCUAUUGAACGAACAAUACAAGUUUUCCACGGUACUAGUUUCAAUAAAGAGAAAAGCACGCGUGUUGCUCGAUGGGUCAUUUUAUUAUUACCGUUCGGAAUCAUGGGUACGAUCAUUCAUGAACCUAUAUAUCGCCGAAUUUUCCGAACCAAAGGUUUUAAGCCUUUUAUAACUACUGAUAAACAUGAAAAAAAAUUCUGGUGCUUGACUCGUUACUCACCUGUCAUUCAAACUUAUAAUACAAUUAUUUUAUUUUUUCAUCUGGUUGCUCCAUGUAUCAUCAAUCUUUUUUCGGCUUUGUUCAUUAUCAUUCAAGUUACUCGACAACGAUCGAUUGUUCAACAAAAACUAACUUAUAAAGAACAUUUUCGUCAACAAUUAUAUGAAAAUAAACAUUUAUUGAUCAGUUCAAUUACUCUUCUUCUUCUUGCCUUACCUCGUUUGAUUAUUUCAAUGCUAUCGACAUGUACUGAAGCAACUCAAAAUCCAUGGCUAUAUCUUUCUAGUUAUUUCAUUGCGUUCAUUCCUUCAAUACUUAUCUUUACCAUAUUCGUCGUUCCUUCUACAUUAUAUAUGAAGACAUUUAAACAAUCGAUCAAUACUUAUCGACGAUAUAUCUGUCGACAAUAA